AUUCUCUUCCUGUUCCUGCCAGGUAUGUUCGGAAGGAAAACAAACCUUAUAAGGAACAUCCUGUGCUACACCUGGACUAGGAAGCAAGGAUCUGUGACUCCUGACGAUAACAAGCCAUGAAACAAGCGCUCACUGCUUUCAAUUAAGCUCAGGAUCAUCUUAUUAAAAUACACAAUAUGUAUUUUAAUAAAUCAGAAAGAAUAUUUCUGCAGAUUUUACUUUUUAUCACGGCCGUCUCCAUCGUUUCUGGAGGCCUGACGUUGACUGUAUUUCCUUUAGAUGGCAGCAUCAUCAACAUCAUCAACAGUAAAGCCAGCAGCUGCAAAGUGUGCACAUCUAACAAUACCCAACGACAAUGUUACAACAGCCUCACAUUGGUUAACAGAACAGAUCUGGAGUUUAAUUGCACCAAGCCUCAAGAUUUUUUCAAGGUGGAAAUUGUUCACAAAAUAGCAUGUAACUUGGAGCUUUGUGGCCUCAUCAAUCCUUACAUUGGAUUCUCAGAUUUAUUGCCAUUCGACCGCAAGUUUGUCUGGGAAAUUGAGGCUGAUUCACAAAAAUCAUUCCAGAUAAAAUUUGCUAACACGAGGUUGAAUCAGAUUGCUCCAAGCGACAGCUGUGCUAAUAAACAGACCUACACUCUCCGAGCGGCAAAGGUUCUCCUAGGGAAAUUCUGCUCAUCUGGGACCAUCAGGAGUGUAACCAUCCAGGGUCAGGGCAGCCUCUCUCUGGACCUCCCAGCAGGACAGAAGCCAAGUUCUGACAUGUUUUUAGUGUCAGCAGUGGAGAGAAUACCAACCUUUGCCAAAAUUUCAGUCACACUACAAAAAGGCUUGUUGUCCUCAACGCUGCUGACACCAAACUACCCAAACAGUUUUCCCGACACAGAGCUGAUGGAGUGGUAUUUUCACAUCCCCAAUAAUUGCAAGACAGCAAUUAAAUUUUCAAUCCCGAAGAAGCCGACUUGUUUAAAGGACAAGACGUAUGUGGAGUUUAGAAACAAAGUGACAAGUACCAAGGAUGUUCUUCUUCGUGGUGAUCAGCCAGUACAGAAACAGGGAAGCUUCUCACUCAGGCUGAAGAAUUGUCAGAUGGACACAGGACCUUCUGAUGGACUCUCCAUGAGCCUCACAGUGACUGCUUUCCCAGAACCUCAACGGUUUACCAGUGUCGGUGUGUUGGCUGCUGUGAACAUCAUUAUCCUCAUUGUGCUGUUGGUGGUUUUCAUUGUGACGAGGAAGAAGAAAAGAGAUCUUCAUACAGAGGAGUCAGUCUACAAUCUAGGCAAUACCAAUCUCCAGACAAGACCCAAGAAACCAUCAAAUGAUGAAUUAAUGGUUUACUCACACCUCCUACGAAAGCAGAAAGAUAGUGUUUGACCUGUGUGAGUCGUAAGAGUUCCUCCCUGAUUUAAAAAGGAAACCAAUCAGGAACAAAAGAGGUGAUGACAGCACCGUGUCGCUCUUCCAGUCUGAACAAGAACACUUGAUUCCCAACAACUACAUGGAGUUCAUUGUGGACAACAUUGAUGAUUCAGAGCAAAAAACCAAGGAGGAACAUCUUCCGACUCAACAACCACAAGGUCUGAAAGGAAACGACUGAGCAGAUGAUUCAGUUCAGCUCUUGGAUCUUCUUGACCUGUUUUGAUUUUACUUCCUCAACAUGUGUCUCAAUCUUGGCGUUUGUGUAUCUCUGAGUUUUUUUGGGGGGGUUGUAGUUAUUUUUUUAGGACACCACUUGUGUUCAAAGUUGUUCAAAGUUGACUGCAGCUGUUAAUGUGUUUUAUUUCACAUGACCAAACUUUACCUUUAAUUUCUUUCUUCUAGUCUAAAUAGAUCUCAAGUUACUCACAGGU